AUGGGAGACGAGCUGGAACUCAACAACCUCACCCGACCUUUGAAGGACUUCACAGUUCCUAAAGCAUUGGACCAGCCGUCUUGUAUUGCGUAUCCAGCCACUACAACCACCUUUGAGAUCAAGAGUGGCACCAUUCACCUUUUGCCGCAAUUUUAUGGUAAGGCUGGGGACGAUCCUCACAUACAUAUCAAGGAUUUCUUUGCCGUGUGCGCGACUAUGCACAAUGGAGGGAUUAGUGAUGAGGCAAUCAGAUUGCGUUUAUUUCCAUUCUCACUCAAGGAACGAGCCAAGGAGUGGCUCUAUUCUUUACCUAGUGCAUCUGUCACCACAUGGACAUCAUUGGCUUCCAAGUUCCUUGCAAAGUUCUUUCCAUCUCAAAAGACAAACCAUAUUAGAAAGGAGAUCAUGGGAGUGCAGCAACUAGAUGGAGAAUCAUUUCAUGAGUAUUGGGAUCGGUUUCAGAGACUCCUAGCUUCAUGCCCUCAUCACCAAAUUGAAGAUUGGCUACUUAUGCAAUACUUUUAUGAGGGAUUACUUGAUUCGGAGAGGAUGAUGGUUGAUGCUACUAGUGGAGGAGGUUUGAUGAACAAGAGUGCUACUCAAGCCAAGGAGAUGUUUGAGAACAUUGCAGCAAACUCUCAACAGUUUAAUUAUCGGAGAGCUCCCCCAAAGAAAGCAGGUGUUUAUGAGGUAAGUGCUAGUGAUAUUGGUCCUCAAAUAGCUAAUUUGACUAACCUUGUUAAGCAAUUAAUCCCUCAAGCACAAGUGUGUGCCGUGUGUGCUAAUCCCGGACAUCCUACGGAGUCUUGUCCAAGUUUGUAUGGUGAUGGAGAAGAGAUGGCUCAAGCACACUAUAUGCAGCAACAAAAGCCAAGAAACGAUCCAUUUUCUAACACUUAUAAUCCGGGAUGGCGGCAACACCCUAACUUUGGAUGGAAGAACAACCAAAAUGUGCAAACAGCCCCAGUUCGACAAAAUCAAUUUGUUCCUCAACAAAAUGCACCUGCACCACCUCAUGGGCAAGGUAAGUCUUUAGAAGAGUUAAUUAAUUCUUUGGCAUUAAGCACUCAGGGUUUUAUGCAGGAAACAAGGCAAACACAGGCACAAAUGUCUACAGCAAUCAAGAGCCUUGAAAACCAAGUUGGACAAAUUGCAGCCUCCUUGAGUCAAAGAGAGCCAGGAAAGUUUCCAAGCCAAGUAAUUCCAAAUCCUAAUGGAGGCCAUGACACCGCAAAUGCGAUUACUCUUCGAAGUGGAAAAAAGGUGGAAAAGGAUGACAAUGAGGAGAGAAAUUCAACCAAAACAGUGGCUGCCCCCUCUCCCAAGCUUACGGUUCCAAGUGACAACUCUAAGGUUUUUGAAUUCAAAAAAGGAGCAAGUUUCAAAGGAUAUCCUAGAGACUUUCCGAAAAGUGCAAGUGAACAUUCCCUUGCUCGAUGCAAUCCAACAAAUUCCAAGAUAUGCAAAAUUCUGCAAAAUCUAACUCGAGUUUUUAAGCCCGAGGAGUGUUUUACACUUAAUACCCUAAAGCUAUCUAGCUUGGGAGUUAUUGGCCUAACACUUAUUACAUGGGUUGAUUAG